CGUCUAACGCUUGGCUGCCGUACAAAAACGCAUUUCAAGAGAUCUUCAACCUCACUUAAUCCCUCGAUACAUCUCGCUACCCGGCUCAGGCGCUUUCGCAAGGUUCAGAUAAAUAACUAGUUUCCUGAUCUCUCCUUGCUUAAGCUUCGUGCUAUCGAAGUCACCAUCAACCAUGAGUCGCACGGCUGAGCCCGAAGAAGAGAUGACAGAGCUACCGCGGCAAGACAUGAACAUUGCGCUCUUGGACCGUCUAGAAGACGAAGGAACAACGCCUCCCAGACAGCGCGGCUUGAAGAUAAGAAACUGGAUACGUCAGCUACGGUUACAAAUCCUCCCCAUCAGGAUAUGCCGACCCUUUGCCUUGAAGAGGACUUCCGCAGAGCGUCGUAAAGUCGCAAUAUACCAAAGCCGAAGAUUGGCGAUACUACACGUGCUACUACAUCUCAUCCCGCUCGGUGGAGCUAUAGCGCUCCUCUACCUACAAUGGUCGAGCUUCUUUCUUAGCUUCACUUCGCCAUUUGAUCCGACUAUCCUACAAUUCUUCGCUAAAUUCCAUGAAUUGCUUAUGCAAUUCUCGAUUGUGGAAAUAACAGCCUGUAUCAUCCGCACCGAAGCUUUGCGUAACUUUGUACCUCUAGGGGCAUUAUCCGGCAUUGCGCAGGCAACGCAGCUGUCGUACAUCUGGUCCUUGGACUUUAUUUCUAUCUUCGUAUCUCCGACUCUGUGCAGUUGGCGCAAAGUCCUGUUUGUUACAGCAAUACCGACCUUACUUAUCAGUACCGCUCUGGUCGGACCUUCGACCGCAGUCCUUAUGAUACCUCGCUCGGGUAGUCCUCGUGAUGGCGGGAGUUUCACUUUGUACUCGAAUGCUUCGUACGAGCAAUUUCUCCCCUCUUCUAUAAGCAGAGCGAAUGGUCUUCACUUUGAUUGGAAAUCGAUUCGCCCUUCAAUGAUCCAGUAUGAUCGGCGAAAAUAUUCAUGGAUCGAGAACGAAAGCGCGGUUGAGGUAGUUUCUGAGUACGAAAACCUAGCCUCUAGGCCAUGGGAGCACGGGCAUCUACGGCCUGUGAGAACACGAUAUGAUGACAACAGUAUAUCGCCAGCGGUAAUCAGCAACGCGACUGCGCCGACUGAGUUCAUACGGCAUAAGUUCAGAGAACUUUUUGAGACGUACGACAACUACACAUUGUCGGUGUACGCUCCACAACCCGUCGUCCAAGUUAUCUGCAACUCAACUUCUCAAAAGUCCUUUGAAUCGGACACUGAAGUAAAAUACGUUGAAGAUAUCACGCUCAGAACUGUUAAAAUAUCGACGCUUGGCACGUUGAUCCAGAAGCUGAACAAUUCUGGUGAAACAUACACUCAUGAAUACAAUGUCACCAUCUCAUCUUUUGAGCCUGUAUGGAUGGCUGCGCCUGAGCCAAGAUCACAAGCAUGGGUCGGCAUAUUCUUCCAACACAUGUUACACGGGGUUAGGCUAUACUUCUCUAAACUCGGUCUGUACUAA